AUGGCUUCCAGAACCGCUUUCCGCCUCACUCGGGCCGCAGCGCCUCUGCUGUCGACAUCCCGAGCAGGCCAAAAAGCAAUUCCUGCCGCUGCACGAGCUUUCAACAGCUCCUCCGUCCGAAUGAAGAGCGACGUUGUCCGCGAGACCGAAGUACCCGUCUCGGUCUACGCGCCAGAUUCCAAGGGAGGAGCGUCUAGCAGCGACCACUUCUCAAUCCCCGUCUCGCGAGAAAACGCCAAGCCCACACCCAUCCCCACAGCUGAGAACGAGGACGUCCAUCCUCUCAACCAGAAGGUGUUCAACACAAUGACCCCCACGAUGCAGAAGAUGACCGUGAUGGACAAAGUGGUCAUCAUUACUGGUGGUGCUCGCGGUCUUGGUAACCACAUGGCUCGCGCUUGCGCUGAGGCUGGCGCCAAGGCACUGAUCAUCUUCGACGCCAACCAAGAACUGGGCGACGAGUCGGCUGCUGAACUGCACCAGAAGACGGGCCUUCCGGUGACCUUCUUCAAGGUGGAUGUGCGUGAUGGUGCUGCCAUCAACGCCGCCGUCGAUAGCGUCGUUCAACUGUACGGUGCCCCCGAUGUGCUCGUUAACAGUGCCGGCAUUGCCGAUUCCAACAUCAAGGCCGAGACCUACGACCCGGCUAUGUUCCGCCGCCUCAUCGAUAUCAACCUGACUGGUUCUUUCCUCAUGUCCCAGGCCGUCGGUCGCGCCAUGAUGGCUGCUGGCAAGCCUGGCUCCAUCGUGCUGGUGGCGUCCAUGAGCGGUAGUAUCGUCAACUACCCCCAGGAGCAGAGCUGCUACAACGCCAGCAAGGCUGGUGUCAUCCAGUUCGGCAAGAGUUUGGCCGCCGAGUGGGCUAAGUACAACAUCCGCGUCAACUGCAUCUCUCCUGGCUACAUGGACACUGCUCUCAACCGCGUCCCCGCUCUCGAGGCCCAGAAGAAGAUCUGGAAGAGCAUGACUCCCCAGAACCGCCUCGGUGCUGUUGACGAUCUCAACGGUCUCUGUGUCUUCCUGGCUUCCGACUCCAGCGCCUUCAUGACCGGUGCCAAUGUCAUCAUUGACGGUGGCUACACCUGCUACUAA